UGGGAAUCUAACCCUCUCUCUCUAAUUCUGGCCCCUAAUAAUCCACUGAGACCCUAAAACAAUGGGCUGACGCCUAUUCUUUUGCCAGCGAUCCCGGCCACCUCCCCCUACGGCUGGCUUUUCCAGUGAACCCUCCCCCUGCCCUCUAUCUGCACGUUCCCAGCCUGGGAAAAGAUGGCUCCACAGCCCCUAAGGGGCCUGGUCCCAUUUCUGCUCUGGUGCUUGAGCCUGUUUCUUAGCCUCCCAGGACCUGUCUGGCUCCAACCCUCUCCUCCUCCCCAUUCUGCUCCCCGAGCUGAGCCCCAUCCAUGUCAUACCUGCCGGGCACUGGUGGACAGCUUCAACAAGGGCCUGGAGAGAACUAUCCGGGACAACUUUGGUGGUGGAAACACUGCUUGGGAGGAAGAGAAGUUGUCCAAAUACAAAGACAGUGAGACCCGCCUGGUGGAGGUGCUGGAGGGUGUGUGCAGCAAGUCAGACUUCGAGUGCCACCGCCUGCUAGAGCUCAGCGAGGAGCUGGUGGAAGCCUGGUGGUUCCACAGGCAGCAAGAAGCCCCUGACCUCUUCCAGUGGCUCUGUUCAGAUUCCCUGAAGCUCUGCUGCCCCUCUGGGACUUUCGGUCCCUCCUGCCUGCCAUGUCCUGGGGGCACAGAGAGGCCCUGCGGUGGCUACGGGCAGUGUGAAGGGGAAGGGACUCGAGGGGGCAGCGGGCACUGUGACUGCCAAGCCGGCUAUGGGGGCGAGGCCUGUGGCCAGUGUGGCCUUGGCUACUUUGAGGCAGAGCGCAACAGCAGCCAUCUGGUAUGUUCGGCGUGCUUUGGUCCCUGUGCCCGCUGCACAGGACCCGAGGAAUCCCACUGUCUGCAGUGCAGGAAAGGCUGGGCCCUGCAUCACCUCAAGUGUGUAGACAUCGAUGAGUGUGGCACAGAGCAAGCUACCUGUGGAGCCGCCCAGUUCUGUGUGAACACGGAAGGGUCCUAUGAGUGCCGAGAUUGUGCAAAGGCCUGCCUGGGCUGUAUGGGAGCAGGGCCAGGGCGCUGCAAAAAAUGCAGCCGUGGCUACCAGCAGGUGGGCUCCAAGUGCCUAGAUGUGGAUGAGUGUGAGACAGUGGUGUGUCCAGGAGAGAACGAGCAGUGUGAAAACACGGAAGGUAGCUACCGCUGUGUCUGUGCUGAAGGCUUCAGACAGGAGGACGGCAUCUGUGUGAAGGAGCAGAUCCCAGAGUCGGCGGGCUUCUUCGCGGAGAUGACAGAGGACGAAAUGGUGGUCCUGCAGCAGAUGUUCUUUGGUGUGAUCAUCUGUGCACUGGCCACACUUGCUGCUAAGGGGGACUUGGUGUUCACCGCCAUCUUCAUUGGAGCUGUGGCAGCUAUGACUGGGUACUGGUUGUCAGAGCGCAGUGACCGUGUGCUGGAGGGCUUCAUCAAGGGUAGAUAAUCCCUGCCACCACUUACAGGAUUUCCUCCCACCCAGGCUGCCCCUAGAGGUUAUUUCUCUCUCCCGCUGGACACCUGGGACAGCAUUGUUUCUCUUUGAGACUGGGGUAAAUACCCUUUUACCUGCCUUACUGAGCAGCCCAGGACCCCAGUGGCCCUGGGGGAUGAAAAAGAGGUCCUGAAGCUGCUGUCUUGAGAUCUUUGCCUAGAGGACUGGCGGGCCUCACAGUGUGUGAAUUCCAAGACAGUUUCUCCCCAGGGAGGCUGCAGGUGGGCUUCAGCCCCUGCUCUGGAUGAGAGGCGUCCCCUCAGGGGUGGGGCCCCCAUAGGCCUCCUGCCAGGUGCAUGCUGCCAGCUCCUGUUGUGUGUUCACCGCCCACACCCCAGCCAUUGACUUAUUUAUUCAUCUCAGGAAAUAAAGGACGGUCUUGGAAACUGGAAAA